GCGAGGACAGAGAGCCAGUACCAAAGAUGGCGGCCCCCAAAUGUUCACAGCAGUAAACACGGCAGGUCCUACGCUGAGCACGCACCCGACCUGCGCUGCGCUAUUGGUCACCUCGGCAACGGACACCCGGAUGUGGAAGAGAACAGGAAAAGUGUUUGUGAGGUUGGGUGCAGUGCAACAGCCCCUUUACUAUCCUCUUUUCAAGUCGACGCUGGUAGGAUUACUGUCACACAUGGAUUUCCUCAAAUGCCUGCAUGUGAAGGCACGGAGUGAGGUGUACCCAGGCUCUGAAAUCCGACGUUUCCCAGUCCCGGAUGAUAAGGUGGACUGGGCAGUGCAGUGGGCUGAUUAUAAGCCAGUAGACUACACUGCCCCCUCACUGUUCAAGCGACCACCCUGGGCAGACCCACCUUACAGUGAUGAAAGGGAGUUGGACAAGCCAUUAAAGUUUAAUCAGUUGGAUGGUGGAGUGGAUCGAACAUCCCAUGUUAUUUCAUACAGUGUGGUAAACGGAUUCCCACGGUGAGGCUUCUGUUCUGAAUAUUUAAUGAUGCAGACACGCAUGUCCAACACAACAUCUGAGCCUACUUGACCUCAUUCCUUACAGGAUGUAAUGCAGUAUUCUGCCUUUUGUGCUCAUCAUCCUGCUUAUGAGUAGAUGAUUGUUCAAAGGCAUCUAAAAGGGUAAUAAUCUGUUGACUAAGUGUUAUAAAUCUGUGUAUGUGCAUCUUUCACUUGGUACAAUGUAAGUGUUCAGCUGCUUGUUACAAACGGAACAGGUUUAUUGCAGGGAUCUCCCCUUAUGUGACCCUGAUCAUCAUCUCUAGUGACAUAGUCACACUUGGGAAGUGCUGUUUUCAUCUGUCAUUUCACUGGACUGUCACACGAGGGAGCUCUCUUUCCUGAUCUUGCCUUACCAACUCACUGCAACCAACAAAAAAAAUCAUUAAGCGCUAGAUACUUCCAUUCUGUAACGAUGCAAUUCUGUAGAAUAUGUUUUCAGGGGAAUGGGGGGCAAUCAGUUAGACUUGGGCCUGGUUUAAUUCCCAAUGGAAUUAAAUCUGUCUACCUGGCUGUAAGGCUCCUAGCUAUAAUACACUUGGACUAACUUCAGUUGUCUGAAUGCAGUAGAUGUGGGCCUGCACUGCUUUUAGUUGGCAAUGCCGCUAAAGCAGGCAAGUGUGCAAAAUGAAAUAUAAUGCCACGCUGCUGUAGAUAGGCACCGUCUUGGGCACAUGGUUAAGUUGUCCAGCUGUUUUGUACUUGACAAUGUUUGAUGCUGACAUUGGAUUUUCUGUCUCUAUCCAUCCACGGGAAGUGGGCAUCACCCACAAUGCCAGCAUUAGUUGCCCAUCCCUAAUUGCCCUUGGACUGAACAGCUUGCUUGGGCAUUUCAGAGGGCAGUUAAGGGUCAGCUGCAUUACUGUGGACAACAGAUUUCCUUCCCUCAAGGUCAUUAGCAAACCUCCAGCUUUUACAACAAUCUGUUUUGUUUGUCAUGGCCACCAUCACUGGGACUAGCUCUCAACUGCAGGUUUAAUCGAUUGAAUUUAAAAUUCCACUCACUGCCACGGUGGGAUUCGAACCUGGGCCUCCAAACUACUAGGCCAAUGACACUAACACUAUGCCAUCGUCUCCCCAGCACUGAAUACUGGGAAUGGAAACUGUCCAUUCCUUGAUAUAAACACUUCUCACUUUGAGAGCAGCUUAAAAAGAAAGCAAACAGCUGGCUUUCACUGCACCUGUUUUCAUUGCAAUGGGAAAGACAGGGAGAAAGAGAAUUUCAUCUACACUUUUGAAAUCAUGAAAGCUCAAAUGGGUUGUGAUGUGGGUUUUAUAUUGGCUGAUGGAGUGAGAGUCUUGACUGGCUGCACAAUCUCAAAGGUGGGAAAAGGAAUGCAAUAUUAUGGCAAGAACUAUCUCAGAAGCCGCAGGAUGGUCAGUCUGUUAAAUGGAAAGAUUUGCUGAAGUCAGUAACCCUUUGAAGCUAAAACUGAGGCAUAUCAUUUGGGCUUCCUGCUGUGCUAUUCUGGAUUUUUGAAUCACACUAUCUCUAUUUCUAAGACAACAAGGUGCA